AUGGCCCUGCCGCCUAAGAUUCUAAUCGUCGGAGGAGGUGUUUUUGGCCUAUCAACGGCCUUGUCCCUCCGCGAGCGCCACCCCAAUUCGCAAAUCACCCUGGUAGAAUCAGGGCCCAUCCCCAACCCACACGGCUCGUCCGUGGACACAUCGCGCAUUGUCCGCGCUGACUAUGCCAAUGCCGCAUACAGCCGGCUCGCAAACGAUGCCAUCCAGCGCUGGCGCUCGACUGCUUGGGGCGCCGAGGGCCGCUACACACAGACCGGUUUGUUGCUCGUGUACCCCAGCGACAGCGCGAGUGCAAAGGAGUAUGCGCGUAAGAGCUACGCCAACGUGCGGGCGAUCGAGGGCGACAAGGUGGUCUUUUUGCCAACUCAGAAGGAUGUCUUGAGUGUUGUACCGCCGUAUGGUGAGGAAUUGGAUGUUGCGGGUGGUUAUGUGAAUUGGGGAUCUGGGUGGAGUGAUGCGGCAGCUGGAGUGCGAUUUGCGAAGGGAUUGCUCGAUGCCGAUGGCAAGGUUGAGUUCAAGACUGCCGAGGUGGAGAGAGUCCUAUUCGACCAGUCGACUCCGAAGCCCAAGGCCAAGGGCGUGGUGCUGGUGGGCGGGGAGACGGUGGAGGCGGACUUGGUGAUUCUUGCGACUGGAGCGUGGACGGGCAAGUUGGUGGAUUUGCGAGGCAAGGCCGUGGCCACGGGCCAGGCUAUUGCGUAUAUCAAGAUCUCAGAUGCUGAGCAGAAGGAGUUGGAAAAUCUGCCGACUAUCUUGAACUUUGCGACGGGUAUCUUCAUUAUCCCACCGCGGGAUAACCUGCUCAAGAUUGCGCGCCAUGCGUAUGGUUAUCGCAAUCCGACUACCGUGCCCGUUCCUGGUGCGAAUUCAUCGGGUCAGACCAUGCAGGUCAGUCUGCCCGAGACGGGUGUUCCCGUUCCCCUGGAGGGAGAGGAGGCAUUCCGUGAGGCACUGAGACAGCUGCUUCCGCGGUUCGUUAAUCGGCCAUUUGUCGAUACUCGUAUCUGCUGGUACACCGACACCCCCAAUGGCGACUUUAUCGUCUCUUAUCACCCUGAAUACGAGGGCCUUUUCCUUGCUACGGGUGGCAGUGGACACGCCUACAAGUUCUUCCCUGUCAUUGGUGACAAGGUGGUUGAUGCGUUGGAAGGCACACUGGAACCCGAGUUCCGGAACUUGUGGACUUGGAAUGAAGUGGUGGCGCCUGGUGCGGCUACCGAUGAUAUUUUUGAUGGUGAUGGCAGCCGGUCUGGAGCCAGAAACUCAAUUUUGAAGGACGAGCUGGCCAGGACGAAAAAGGCUGCUAGAAAGGGUGUUUUGUAG